CGCAGGUUCCUAUCACGCAUUCACCGGAGACACUGAGAUUCUGACAGCGCUGAUACGUUCGGCACGUCCAGGUCCACCCAUCAGCUUCACGUUCCGUGCAGUACGGGCGCGUUACGUGCCUGCAGCGUCUUGCCACGCCGGCGGAAGCACCGCAAAGGCCGCCCAAUAGCAGCUAUAACAGUCGCUCGUGCUAGCUGCCACCCUCUGCCUCUUGCCCCCUCCCAGUAUGUUUUCUGCGUGGGUACUGUGCGCGUCGCUGCUCCUGCCCUCGGCGGUCCUCGCCCAGUACGACUUGGUGAAGGAGUACGCAGGAGAGUCGUUCUUCGACGACUGGAACUUCUACAACCACUUCGACAAUCUCACCAACGGGAAUGUCAACUUUCUGGGGGACAUUGAUGCGUUCCAUGACAAACUGGCGUUUAUAAACGACGCAGGGAACGCCAUCAUGAAGGUCGACAACAGCUCCGUGCUCAAGUUUAACCAAAACCGGAACUCGCUGCGCAUAUCCACCAAGGACCAGUUCACCGUGGGAUCCGUCUGGGUCGCCGACCUCCGCCACGUGCCGUACGGGUGCUCCGUGUGGGGCGCCUUCUGGUCGUCCGCGCCGACGUGGCCCGUGGGCGGCGAGAUUGACACUUUCGAGGCGGUGAACCAGGACUACUACAGCCAUAUGGGUCUGCACACGAACCCGGGCUGCACGCACGCCAGCGACGCCGUGCAGUCGAGCACGCUGAUCAACUCCACGGACUGUUCGGUCCAGUCGAACGGCAACCAAGGCUGUAUCAUCUCGAAUCCCACGCCCGCAUCGUACGGCGCAGAUUUCGCCAACUCGGGCGGUGGCGUGUACGUUACCGAGUUCGCGAUUGACGGCAUCUCCAUCUGGUACUUCAACCGCACCUCGAUCCCGAGCCAGCUGCAAGGCAACGUGACGAGCGUCGACACCUCGACGCUCGGCAUCCCUGUGGCGAACUGGCCGGCGUCCGACUGCUCCGUGAACGCGUUCUUCCAGCCGCAGGAGCUCGUCUUCGACAUUACGUUAUGCGGAGACUACGCCGGCGCAUCGAGCGUGUUCUACCAGACGUGCACCGGCGUGUGCUACGACGACUGGGUCCUCGGAGAUCCGUCCAAGUACGAUACGGCCUACUUUGAGGUGUCGUAUGUGAGAGUGUACGGGCAGCCCGGGGAGCUCACCGUGCUCCAACCGUCGGGCGGCCGUCGAUCCGCGGAGGCGCGCUGGGCGGCGGCGUUGCUGCUGGCUGUGGGAAGCCUCUUUGCUCUUGUGCAGAUCUUUUGAGUAGACCUCCUGCUUGUUGGGCACGCCUCACCCCUCCUUCGCAUUUCUGUAUCCACUACUUACCUCACUGGCCUAGCGUCGCGUCGCGCUCUUUAUGGACACUGCCACCCUUAUACUAGACGACUCGUUGUAUACCACCGCUUCGGCAAACGAACUGGCAACAU